GCUCGGGUUGUGAUCCCGGCCGAUUCACAAGUUUGUGGAUUGUGAUCUUUCCUCUUGGUUUAUUGGUUGAAAUUUUGUAGCAUGAUCUAACUGUCGCGAUAAAAACAUUCUUAUUAUUUGCAAAUAAAAUGAAUUGUCACACAUAAUAAUGUUUUAGCUACGCUUUUAUAGUGUUACUUAUCUAUUAAUUUAUAUUGGUUAAGUGAAAUUCUUUUUACAAUGUUUAACUACAAGUAUUUAACACGGGAACACCUUGAAGGGUUCGAUAAUUAUAAGUACAUGGCGAUAGACACGAGUCCGCUGAGUGUCUAUGUAAUGCAUCCAUUCUGGAACAAAGUUGUUGAGCUCGUUCCACGCUGGGUAGCCCCCAACGUGCUUACCUUCGCUGGGUUCCUCCUAACAGUCCUCGACUUCUUACUACUAUCGUAUUACGACUACGACUAUACCGCGGCCAGUUCGCCUAUACACAACGUCACGGUCUCCGAGGCGUCUCUGAACGGUCACGAGGAGAGAAUCCCACGCGCGUUGUGGCUGGCGCUUGCCGUGUUCCUGUUCCUUGCUUAUACUCUUGAUGGUAUCGACGGCAAGCAAGCGCGUCGCACCCAAACUUCAGGGCCGUUGGGAGAACUCUUCGACCAUGGUCUGGACUCCUACUCAGUGUUCUUCAUACCAGCGUGCCUCUACUCCAUAUUUGGGAGAUUGGAUUACUCCAUACCGCCUAUUAGAAUGUAUUACGUGAUGUGGAACCUGCUUCUAAACUUCUACAUCAGCCAUUGGGAGAAAUAUAACACUGGCGUGUUGUUUCUACCGUGGGGGUAUGACUUCAGCAUGUGGGCGUCAAUAAUGUUCUUCAUAUGCACGUAUAUAAACGGAACAGUUUUCUACAAGCGAUACAUUUUCGCCGGAUACACCCUAGCGAACGCGUUCGAAAUACUCAUAUAUGCUACUGGUGUGUUCACGAAUCUGCCUGUGGCAAUAUAUAAUAUAUACAAAUCGUACAAACUCCGUACAGGCAAGAUGAGAUCUUUAAGCGAAGCGUUACGCCCACUCUGGUCCUUCGUAUCCGUGCUAGUGGUCUGUUCGAUAUGGGUGCACAAGUCACCAUCAUUGCUGACGUACGAUCUCAGAGUGCUGUUUCUGCUUAUAGGAACUAUUUUUAGUAAUGUUGCGUGCCGCCUAAUAGUGAGCCAGAUGAGCGGGCAGCGCUGCGAGCUGGUGAACCGGCUGGUGUGGGCGCUGGCGGCCGCGGCGCUGGCGGCGCAGGCGCAGCCCCGCCUGGCGCCCGCCGCGCUGCGCGCGCUCGCCGCCGCCGCCCUCGCCGCGCACCUGCACUACGGCGCAUGCGUGGUGAGACAAAUGUGCGACCACUUCAAAAUAAGCUGUUUCCACGUAAAACAGAGGUCAGAUUGACUCUUAGACGACGAUGCGUGCUAAACAUGACACAUAUAGCUAACAUAAUGUACGGCUACCAUAUCCACUAUACAGGGUGAAUGGUAUGAAACGCGAAAUAUUUCACCUACUUGCUUAUACCAUCACUCUGAACAACUUUACCUAUGAUUAUUUAUACCAUUAGCCCUGUAUUGCAGAGUUACUUGUAAAAUAACAAUCUCGUAAGACUUGGUAGCUAGUCAUAUUUAUAACAAUAUUUGUUCCUUGAGUUAUGCUAAUUCGUUACAUUAAAAAUAUUUUUUAUUGUUAUGUUUGUUCUCAACUGACUAGACUUAAACAUUUGACGACAUUACAAUAAAACUUUGGUAAAUAUUUUUUUUUAUUAAUUUAUUGAGUUCAAUCAAAACUUUUUGAACAAAUGUUUAUAUGAUGUUCGCUACCUUAUCUUGCGAGGUUAUGGAUGUUUUACAAAUAACCCUGUAUUUAUAUAUGUAAUAUAAUAAUUUACAUGGCCGGUAGAUGAUUUCUUUAUUUGAGGACUACUUGUAUUAGACCAAGUGAAUAUUACGUUUUAAAAGUACAUUAUGUUUAAAGCUUAUGUUAUUGUUUUAAUAUUGAUGUGUACACGAAAUUGAAAAUGUCACAGUUUUUAAACGGAGACAAGUCAUAAUGCAAAGUUAAAACCAGUAGUAGUGAGUUGUUGUGAAAAAAAUGGGGAAUAUUAAGUACAUACAGAAUUAAAACGGCCUAAGUGUGCAACUGUUUAUAAGAUAUAAACAAGAUAAAUGUAGAGUAAACAAAAUAUCAACCUACCCAAAUUCACUGCAAUCUUUCUACUAAUAAUCUCCGUCAUAGAGUACAAUGCAUUACUUGAUAUGCAUGUACUUAUUUAAUUGUUUAUAUCAAUUAAUUGCUAUAAUAAUUUGCCUUUCUUUUAUUAUAAUGUCUUUUUCGCUUUUAUUAAAAUUCCAAUAUGGCUCUGACUGGGCAAUUUAUUUAACGAUUUACAGUUUGCGCCUAACAUUUUUAAUACUUUCGUUGUGUACGUCUUUAUUUUUUGGAAAUGUAGCACGCAUUGUCUUUUUUUUCUUAAUUAUUUUAGUUUUCUUAAAUUUAUGAUUUUGUUGUGUUGAAAUCUGGUAAACAUACCACGUAGUAUGGCACGCGCGGAUAACUAUCGCUGUCUCGUGUCUCGUCAUAAUAAAAAGCGAAACAGCGAUAAUGUUUCUGGCGAUAAAAUCGGCAUCGCGCGUGCCAUGCAGAACCAAGGCUAUAUCAUCAUAUUAUGAUCGAUAAACGCCUGUUUUUCUGUAUGUUUUGUAUUAUUUAUUUCUGGGGGUUCUAUUUGUUCAAUUGGUGUCACUUGACACUGACCUUAUUACAUGAUUUUGUUCAUUAUUUUUAAUAAUGAUCAAGCUAUGUAGUCUAUUCUUUUAAAAUAAAAAUUAAAUGCUCGUCAUUCUAAAGCAUUACGCUUUUUGAAUGACUAACGUCGCUUCGAACAAAACGAUUGAAACAGACACUCGUCACAAUGUCACCAGUUUUAUAAUGAACCCCUUAUAGUAUUUUGCGUACGGUAUUAUUUUAUUUUAAAUUUUCGCGUGUCUACGUGUAAUUAAUCUAUAUUUUAAGCUAGUUACUGUUGUGUUAAAAUUUAAGAACAAAAUGCUAUUUUUUUCUGAAGCCAUAUGAGUAUUUUACGGGUUGUAAAAAAAUGGUAUGAAUAUUUGAGAGGGAUGUUCAGCCUAGUAAAUUGAUUUCAUUUUAAAAAGAAAAUUCUGAGAACAGUAAUGAACGUAUAGCGAAAAUAAUUAUUAAAUUUCUAAGAAGGAUCCCUUAAAAACAUCUUUCCAUAGAAAUGAAACGUUCGAUAUAUCGGAAGAAGAAAUAUUUCACUAUGAAAAGAUAUAAAAUCUAGUACUGAAUGUACCCUCAAAGUUUUUACAUAUUUUUUAUAGAUCUGCAUAGAUCCUUGUAGAUCUAACGAACAAUAUUGUUGUCAAAGUGUGAAAAACCAAUGUGUAUUUUAUUUUAAUUAAUGACUUAACUAUUCUUUUUUAAUUUGUAUUUCAGUUGAACUGAUAAAUUGUCAUUUUGCUACACUGAGAUUUAUUUAAUUUGGAUAAAAUCAUUCCCUAAGAGGUUGAAUUUAUUAGCAGUUUUUUUUAGAAAUCUCACAGUUCAAUUUUUAGUUUUAAGUAUUUUACGUGUUAAUAUUAAUUUGUAAGUUAAAUCCAGUGACUAUUUAGUGACGGCUUUACUUUUUUUAAUACGUCACAAUAUCUUUGUUUUUGCACUAACUAAAAUUGUGCUAGUAUAAUACAGCCAAUUUUAAUAGUCAUGUUUGACAGCAGGAUGGAGCGUUAAGUUCUUAAUUGGAGCGAAAGAGAUAGAAUAUUGACGUGGUUUGAAAUACAUAAAGCGGGUGUGUAUAUAGUUUGCUAUAAACAAAAUAAUACCAUCUCACGCCUUGAGUGGUGUUGAUUGUGUAUAGGGUAACUCAGUUAUCAAAUCUUCACUAAAUCUUAUUAAACGAAAUAGUGAAGAAUUCCAAUCUACUGACAACAAGUGUUAUAAAUAAAAUGCUCGACAAAUGACAUAUCAAAGAGGAUAAAACUCGACGCUCUUUUUACAGAACCGACAUUAGACACGUGUCAAUUUCGAUUGACAGUUGUCAAAUUUGACGUUUAAGAAAGGCUGUUUUCUUGUGGCUGUUCAAAUGUUGUGAAGUUAGUGAAAUUAUAUCACAGUAUUUAUUUAACAGUAUCUUUAAGUGUAAAUCAAAAAUAGUAUUAUAUAUUUUGAAAUUAGUCCCAUUUUUUUGUGACGGCAUUAAUUUAAGUACCUAUGACAGAUGCUACUAUCUAGAAGUUUAGAAGCGAUGCGACGCAACGCGACCGGUGUAAUACUGGCGCAAUCACAAGUUUAUCUAAAGCUUCGUACACACCGAUCCAACUAACUGGGCACCUUCAUUUGUCUUGACCGGACGGUUUGACGAACAUACGUUGGCGAGGUGUGUACGCAGCUUGAGCUUUGAACAAAUGUCUUAAGAAAUGAUUUAUAUUAUUUUAAGUUAAAUUCGAUGAGGGAAGUGUCCUAUUCUGCAUCCAUAAACGACGAUUUACUAUGAAAUUAAAUGUGAACGCUAUUUGAUAUAACUCGAUUCAUAUAAAAAUAUGAAAUCCAAUUCAACUUGACACUAUUUAAUUACUAUAGUCCAUUUCUAUAGGCACGGAAAUAAAAUUAAACCAAUCCUGAUUUAUAUUUAAUUUAUAGUCAUGAAAAGCAAAAUCAAAUAACAGAUAUCAUAAUGGAUCACUUUUGCUAUUAAACUAUAUUAAUAAAAAUGUAUUUUUUUUACAAAAAUACAUAUCAAAAUUAUUCAUUUUUAGUAGGUAUACCUAAAGAACUGGACUAUACGUAUGUACACUCAACGGCAGAUAAACAUGGUCAUCUGUUCAUGCAAACUCAAACCAAUGACGGGUUAGGUUUCUAUGUUGUUGAUUGUACAAGACUAUUACAAUUUCAUAGUAUAUAGUAAGUGUUUAAACAUUUGUUUGUUGUUAUAUAAACCACUUUUUUUGCAAAGUACAUGAUAUAAAUGUAUCUGAUAUAUCUAAGGAGCCAUUAUCAUACAAAAUCAAGUGCCUGUUAGUUAUAUAGUUGGUGCAGAGUUGACAAUUUUGACAGGAAUCUACUAAGAAUUUCGUAGCGAGCUUUCGAAAUUGUAACCUUUUUUUACUUAAUUAUUUACUGUAUACAUACAUAUCAAAAGUACCCGCAACCGCCGAGCUUGCACGAAGAGAGUUAUGAAUGUGGAUGAAGCGAAGGAAGUAUGCAGAGAUCGUGGCAAGUGAAAAGAAGUAGUCUCUGCCUACCCCUUCGGGAAAGAGGCGUGACAUAUCAUCGUCUAUAUCCCUUGCGGGCUAGACAGAGCCAGUAGUCUUGAAAAGACUUAAAGGCCAGCUCAGCUGUUCGGCAUAAGAUGGAAUUCAGAUUCAAAUAUGUUGUUAGACCAUCGCCUACAAGAAGUGCUGUUAAUAAAUGCACAUAAAUAUACUGAAUAUAACACACUUCUUAAUGCGUGACAUGACAUUAUAGUAUUUUUACGUUUAUAAAUCGCGUCGACAAUAUUCGACGGCGCAAAAUUACUCAACCUACCGCCGAAUCAAACCUAAUGAAAACUAUAUAAAAUACCGACCUCAUUACAAGUACAUUAAAUUAAACUUCAAAUCCAAAAACAAAAUUUUCUCCUGCCAUCUCGCUCAUAAUAGAAGUACAAUAGCGGACAGUUCAGUUCGAUAUUUAAAUUGAUAGUCUCCGAUAGACUCCACCGCUCAUACAAAAAUAAGGCUCCUGCGCAGGUACAUUUGUGUACCUUAAAAAGUGGUAUAACGUUACAGCUCAUACAACAAAUAACAAAGUCAUAGACAUGUCUUUAUUUUUAAAACAAGUUAGUAUUAUGAAAAAGUUACAAUAGGUACGGAAACAUGCUACAAAUCAAGUAAAGCAGGGUGUUAUCCUGUUAAAAUGGUCAACUUUCGUCGCCUUUAGUAGAAUUUUUUCCCAUGAAAAUAGUUAUACAUUCAUUGUAGUAUUAGGUAUAGUUCUAAAUGGACGACACUAGUCGCCAUAUAAAUUGUACAAGAAAUAUUAAAAAUAUAAGGUGGAAUUAAAUUGAUUAACGGCCUUUUAAAUACAGUCUACUCGUGUUUGUCUUGAUAUUUCAUUAACCCUAGGAUUUUCAGUAUUAAAUGAUGAAUUACAAGAAAGAAAAAUAACACUUAAGGCUGUCAAUUAGUUCAAUUUCACCUUUUAUAAUUAUGUAUUCACUCACAUGCAAAUUGCUUUGCAGUAAGUUUUCUAAUUGAUACAGGUGCACGUAUAUCAAUAUAAGAAAUGGUAAAAAAAGAACACUGGCUCUAUUGCACUUUCAAAUAAGUCUUAAAAAGAUGUGGUUACUCUAUUAGGUAUUAGAAGUUACUUACUGCAAUGGAUAAUGCACAUAAUCUGAUAAUAAAUCUAAUAAAGUUUUGCCUUAAAAAGAUAUUCUGCCUUCAAGUUUCAUGGUGUAACUUAAACUUAUUAAAGGUAAUUGAUAUAUUUAAUUUAUUGUUCCACAAUAAUGUUAUUUUUGAAAUAUACAAAUCUUGAAAUUAUAAACUUCGGGUACAAAAGUUGCGAUAUUCUACAAAAUUACCUUUUUUUAAUCGAGGGUAUAUAAAGUUACACUGUGAGACGCAUAACUUUAAGGGCGAGAAAGGCAUAUUUAUAUUGACAUAAACUAUUACAAUGUCUGAACUGAGUAGUCCAACUACUGUGAAUGAUAUUCGUAAAAGUGUAAAUGUAUGAAGUCGAUUAUACAUUUCAAAACCACUUGACUUGUUGGCUGCUAAGGUUCAGUUUUCAAUUUAAGAUAAUGUCGAUAUAAAUGUGAACCUUGGGGCUAUUUUAUAUUCACAGUUUUGUUUAAAAAUACAUCAGUCAAAACUAGAAAUGCAAAGCUAUCAACAUAAGAACGCAUUUUGACAUAAGCGUGAGAUUUUCCCAGUUGUAAUUCUAAUUUUGGCUUGACAUUGUGUGAAUAUGAAAAACCCAAAUGCCCACAACUUGUUCUUCCCAGAUUGGCCUUGAUUGUCUAGAAUUAGUCUAGGCUUAGCUAGAUACUACUUUUACAAUGAGGCUCAAAUUGACGGGUGAACCAAAGAUAAUUGAAUUAUACCAAUUACAUUAAACUAGGUAGGUACCUAAUUACCUAAAGAUUACCUAUUUAGUUCAUUAUUCGGAAAAUUUUUACUUUCCUUAGUAAAAAUGGAAAAGUGUAUUUUAUUGUAUAUACUGUUAUAUAUUUUUUAUGCUUUUGCCAGCAUGAAAUGAAUACC